ACAACCAAAACAGCUGACUGGCAAUGAUCAUCUGUGCACUGUGCGUCUGUGAUACAGCGGAAAGCUGUGGAAUUGAUAAUACUUUACAAAAUGUGUGUAAAUGCUUCUUGUGACCAAGAUCCUGGUCUUAUUUCACAGUAAUUAUGUGCCGCUUAAAUCAAUUUCCACAAUAGUAUGGCUGAAAUAAGUAACUUGUGUCGUUUGUGUGCUGUGAAAAGUGACAGUGUCGUCGGGAUUUUUGACGAUGAAGGUUAUAAAUUGUGUUUAGAAAUGAAAAUCACGAAGUAUUUGCAGAUAGAGGUGGAGCGGAACGACCCCCUGCCGAAGGGCGUGUGCCUGUCGUGCUGCUCCAAGCUGGCCCACUGCUGCCACUUCCACGAGACCUCGCUGCAGGCCCAGCUGACGCUGCAGAUGAUCUUCCCGGAGCAGAAGCCGGGGACCGGGGUGGACCCGGACCUCUUCGGGCUCACCCCGCGGGGGAACGGCGCCGGCCGGGAUGCGGAGGAAGACCUGGGGUUGGACCUGGACCAGGAGAGCAGCAUGUCUCUGGAGUUUAAGGAAGAUAAUGGGAAUUCAGGGCUUCCAACGUAUGUGGAGUGUGUCCUUUCGGACACUCUUAGGAGGUCGACCAGCCCGUGCAGCUCGAAGCGCAAGUGCCGUGCGCCAGUGCGCUGCGCGCCGAGCGGCGACGAUGCCCAGGCGCAGAUGCAGGCGUGCGACGUUGGGAUGCCCUGUGGCGAGGGGACGGAUGCGUCGGCUUCGAGAAAGCGGCGCGAGGGCUGGGACAAGUAUCCGUGGAUGUGCACCGACUGUGCGAAGGAGCUUCCGUCGAUGCACGCCCUCAGGAUACACCACCAGAUGGUGCACAACCAGCCGCCCCGCUUCCUCUGCCCGCAGUGCAACAAGGUGUACACCAAGUACUACGGCUUCGUCAGCCACGUCCGCCGCCACAAGAACCACAUGAAGUUCUGUUGCGAGGAAUGUGGCAAGUGCUUUUCCAACAAGAAGGUGAUGGAAUCGCACAGAGCCACACACUCUGACGCCCGCCCGUUCGUGUGCGCCGAGUGUGGCAAGGCGUUCCGGCAACAGAGUGCGCUGUACGUCCACAACCGCUCCCACCAGCCCGAGGCGCUGAAGAACAAGUUUCCGUGCGACCAGUGCGACAAGAGGUUCUCGACAAAGCCUAACCUUGUCACCCACAAGCGGAUACACACGGGCGUCCGGAACUACACAUGCGACCAGUGUGGCAAGAGCUUCAUUCAGAAGGGCAAUUUGGACGCUCAUUUGCUCACACACUCUCUUGACAAGCCACACGCCUGUCUCAUCUGUGGCAAAUGUUUCAAGACACCCUUGCAGCUGCGGAAGCACGAGACGGUCCACACGGGGGCCAAGCCCCACCAGUGUGACGUGUGUGGCCGGCAGUUCCGGGAGCGCGGCACUCUCCGGGAACACCACCGCAUACACACGGGGGCCAUGCCCUUCUCCUGCGAGUUCUGUGGCAAGCGCUUCCGCUUCAAGGGCAUCCUGACAACGCACCGGCGGCAGCACACGGGCGAGCGGCCGUACAGCUGCCUUGAGUGCCAGCACCACUUCACCAACUGGCCCAACUACAACAAGCACAUGAAGCGACGCCACAGCAUCAACACCAGCCUGCAGCCGGACCCCAACAAGGUGGCGGUGGCGAGCCAGGGAGGAGGGGCGCCCCACCCGCCCCUGGUGCAGCCCCCGCCGCUCCACCAGCCCCUGGAGGAGCACCCGUCGCUGGAGGGCGGGGUCCUGGGCCAGCCGGACCUCUACUCGCCGGCCAUGUCGUACGUGGGCGGCCCGGUGGCGUCGUCCAUGUUCGGCUUCUACACCCAGCUGCAGGGCCUCGACACGCUCGACAUGCUGCAGCAUCGCUGAGGGGCGCUCGCUCACAGGCGGCAGAGUCUCUCGUGCAACGCUCCGGCCCAGGCCGGCGAUCAACCGUAGACUGAACACACAGGCAGAGAGUUGACGGGGUUGUGCAGUAGUGAAUGUGUGGUCCACACAGUUAUGGUGUGUACAAAUGUGUGAUGCGUUACCUGACCAGUCAGCAUCAAGGAAUGUUCCCGAAAAGUAAAUGUAGUGAUACAAUUCAAUAGUAUGUACAUUGAAACUCCCUUAAAAAUUCCCUGUUCAAUCUUUUUAUUUCACAUUUCAUCACCAAAAAUAUGUUUACAAACACAGCACUUGAAAAAAAUUGAAAAGUGUCGAAAACCUGGGGAAUGAACUUAAUACUUCAGCUUGGAAGUCACCGCUCUUUUUUUUUUUUUUUUUUUCACUGCUCUAGGUGCUGAAACAAUGUGAAACUUGUGUUUUCUACCUCCAGUACAACUCUGUGAUGUGUCGUUUCUUUCCUUCUUUCUCCUGUGUUCCUUCUUCCCUCAUCUUGUGACCUCUUGCGGCAGCUAGAAUGCUCAGCCGAUCGUUGCCUCUUCAUGCCACGACAUUCUUGGUCAAACCAUUGUGGAAAGUAGAGUAUUGCAACAGUGUUCUCAUCAGUAUUAUGUUCCUUGUUGCAAGACAAUUGCAAUAACUGUUCAGGGUGUUGAGCAACAUGGAAAAUGUGAACUUCUUAAUGAAUUUUAUGUGCCAGAGAAUUUUGUAUGAAUUUUUUCCUCCAUGUUAUCAGUACAGUAAUGUGUGGGCAUGUAGUGCUUUACAAUUUUGUAUGUUGGCGAGACUGUUCUGACUCACUUUUAUAGAAACCAGCUCCUCAAUAAAAAUUAUCUUUCAAAGUAUAA